GUUUGCUUAUCUCAUCGAGCUUUAGGACAUACCGAAAAGUCAUUUUUGUUUCAUCUCCCACAAUGCGUCCGUUUUGGUUUCCAUUUGUGGUAGUGAAGUUUUUGCAACUCCAUUGGUUUGCUGAAGUUGCUUGAAGAUAGUCCUCUACGGAGUUGUUCCGCCUGCUGCCGCAGCCAUGUCGAUCGAGGAACUCGGCACGACGGAAGUCGCGCCAGAAGAGGAAGCCGCGGGUCGUGUUGUUCCUACAACCGAGGAGGGCAGAAAUGUAAAUGGCGAAAGAACUUCCACCGCUGGUGUUGUUCGAGAAGAAGCGCGCCGCACCUCGAACCGCAGCUCCUUCGGGACACGGCGUUCCUCCCGCACGUUCUCCGACGCGGAAAUUCCGGACUGGGGCAUGCGUCCGGCGACGCAAGAGGAGCGUACCGCUGGGAAAAAAUCCCGGGCCACCGCGCUACCGGUGACCGCGCACCUGAGUAUCCGCGAGUGGCAGGUGUACGCGGAGGGGGGCCACGAGAUGGUGAAACUGAAUAUGCAUUGCAAAUAUGUCUGGGUCUGGGAGAGUGGAACUUGUGAUGCUGCAUUUGGAUUCCUAGCAAAUCUGUAUUGCAAGAGCAGCAAAGGGAAUGUAGAAGUUUUUGCUACGCGGACGAGAGGGCAUUUGUCAUGCGGAGUAGGCAUCAAGGAGCCCUCAAAAAAUCUGUGAUGCUAGGGCAUGCAUGCAUCACAGACAUCACGGCUCAUGCAAAACGUGCAUGACAAGUCUCAGAAUCUUCCAGACAUAAAGAAAUUUGCGAUGCAUACUGAAGUUUUCCAUCCAGUUCCGGUGGGUGGACUACCGACUCGCGAAUUGGGUCCUCGACGAAGACAUUCCGGACAACAUUUGGCGCCCCGAGCUGUUCAUUCUCGCGGACGCGCUGAACAAGCAGAUGAAAUUCACCGACCAAGUAUCAAAUGUAAAAAUGUCUGGGUCUGGAAGAUUAGAACUUGUCAUGCUAAAUCUGAAGCAUGCAAAAAUCUGUGUUGCAUAAUUACCAAAAGUCGUCCAGCUUUGACCAAGUCGGGAGGGAGUUUCUCAUGCAGGAUAGGCAUGAGAGAGAUCGCACAGAAUCUGUCAUGCUAGGUCCUGCAUUGCAGACCUCAUGGGUCCUGGAAAAGCUGCAUGACAAAUCGCGCACUCUUCCAGACCCAGACAUUUUUACAUUUGAUACCAAGGGGACACGAACCUGGCCUCGUCGAGCAAGCCCACGCUAGCUAGCCGGGACCGGAACGACGGGGCGUUAUUGUGGAUUGUGGACAUAUGGAAGUGUCAGAAUCGAAAUUGACAAAGUCGAAAAAUUUGUGAUGCACAAAAUCGAUGCUAGUCGGAGCCUCAGUUUCGAAGCGGCGCAUGACAAAUUUCGGGAGAGCCCAAAUCCAGUCUGUCAUGCUGUUGGGGCAAAGAAGACUGCCCCUGUCAUGCUACUCUGCCAGCGCGUGCGCGUUUUAUACUCCCAAACAGGCUUACAAUCGGUCUCAUUUGCCGGCUCCCCAAUACAGGCCUUCCGUGCCCUACAUUUUAUGCAUCACAAAUUUUUCCAUUUUGUCGAUUUCGGUCCUGACACUCCCAUAGGACACCGAAGAAACCACGUUUGAAGUGAUGUCGUCCGCGGACGGCUUGAGGUCCUUUCCGUUCGACAGCGUCCGCUACGAUUUCGUGUUGGGGUUGUCGGGGGAAAAACGGCUCGAGGGUUAUGCACUGCAAAAGUAUCGUACUCGUAGUAUUUACAGUCAUGCAUUUACAAAUAUUUUUCUUGAGGUAAAUCCGCAUUACAAAUUCCAUUUCCCAUACUGCGGAAAUUUGUCAUGCAUUUAUACGACUACGAUGCUUUUGCACUGCAUAAGGGCAGCUGCGACGUGAGGUUCGAUUGGGAAAAAACCUGCGAGAUGAUCUUGAAGGUGCCGGUUCUCCCCCCCUCGAAGUGCAGUUCCGGCGACUUCGACAUGAAGGGGAUUUCCUACGCGAAGGGACGCCACUACACCCCCACGAACCCCACCGACGGCUACGAGGACGUCCUGCUGUCCCUGCACGUGAAGCGCAACCCGAAAUUCUAUCUGUUCAAGACCUGCUUCCCCUUGUACGCCAUCCUCAUUUUCGGGUCGCUCUCCUACUGCUUGGAAGUCACCGACCUCUCCGGCCGGCUCAACCUGAUUUUCGCGAUGUUUCUCACCUGUUUCGCCCUGCAGUGGAUCGUGCUCGACCGCUUACCCCGGGUGCCGUACAUGACGGUGUUGGACACGAUUAUCACCAUCGUAAACGCCAGUUUGCUCCUGAUGGGCGUGGGCUUCGCUGUCACCGCCGUGAUCCUGUCUCGCGAGCAGUUUUCGCUCUUCUCGGACGAAAUAGACGGCUCGAACUAUUCUCUGGACGAAAUCGUGAACCAGGUGCGGGUCCCGGAGUACAGUCUGAGUCAGAUCCGGCAGGCGGACCGGUGCGACAGGGUGAUGCAGAUUGUGGUCGUUUCCUGUCUCAUCCCCUUUCACAUCUACGUUUGGUUUGGUGUGCGGUCCAACAGAAAAACCGAGGGCAUGUACCGUCCGUGGAGCGCGGGGUCGUUGAGCUUCGUCCCGGAACAGCACGGGCCGCACUACGUCGCUUUCCCCAUCACACACGCGCGGGCGCUCUUGGAGAAAAGGUCGAAUCAAAGUAAAGAGUUGAAAUCCGGCCUAACACUUGCCGAGGAGCAAAAACAAGUUGCGGAAAUCGAGCGGGGCUUUCUCGGGGUGGAAAAGGAGGUUUUUUGAUCGACAUAGUUGAUAUCUGUUUUUGAUACUGUACAACAGAAGUCGGUUUUUUGCUUUAUUGUCAGCCUCGAUUCGUGGGUGAUCUUUCUUUUCGCAUAUGACGAAGAAGUACAGGAGGACUUUUGAUGCGCAUGCUCAUCGUAAGUUUUCACAUACAAAUAAGAAGAGGCGAUGUAUAUUAAUCCUUGGGCGAAUCUGCAUCUUGUGCAGUGCUUCUAAAACGGCAAUCAAUAAUCGUGGCGGCUUGGUAAAAGGUAAAAGUGGCCGAUGACACAAUGACCAGGCUGCAUAGAAGCGUUCUCCGUUGUCUUGACGCGACACGGUAUAAGUAGAAUGAUCUCUUUUGUACAGCUAGAUACCGUCGCAACUACCAAAACUACACAGGACCUCAAACCGCCAUGAAUAAAGUUCACCUUUUUGUGUUUUUCAUCCCAUUUGAUGAUUUACCCAGUUUCCAAUUUGUCUUUUACGCUGAUCUUCUCUGCUCUUUGCUUUUUAUUUGAAAAUAAUUUCUGCUCCUGCUCGGUGGAAUGAUGAAUGAAAACACGCAAAGAAAAA